AUGCAGUUUGCUAGAAACCUAUGCACUCUUUGCUUGUAUCUUGUCUCUUGUCUCGACAUCGCAUUGUCCCUUCCACGCGCUCACGCACGCUCACGCAACACGCAAGUCUCAUUCCCUUCCUGCAGCAACCCUUCAAGUCGGGUCUUGUUACAGCGUCUAUCGUACAUGGAUGGAUGUACAGGCCAUUCGCGGCAGUGGUCGUGUAUUGUACAUGGUAAUCGUGACAGAGUCUUUCGAUGUGGAAUUUGA